AGCACAUAGUGAGCAUAAUAAGUGCUCAGUCGACAGUAAGCAGCUCUUUUGCUUAUCGACCUCUUUCUCUUCAAGGCACUGUUACAGUUUGUAGGUUGGCCCCGCAGGCCGGAGGGGGUCGGGGUUGGAGUUAAAAACCCAUUUUCCGGAGGCGGAAGCCGGAACGCAGAGCUGGGAAAGGCUUUGGAGUUCCGGCCCGCAAGGAAUGCGGAGUACCCAGCGCGCUGCCCGCUGGGCCCCAACGCUCUGACGCACGGUCAUCGGCGCCGCGGCGGCUCGCUCGGUCCCCUCCGCAGACUUCGGUUCUGGCUCGCUGGGCCCGAUCACCACGCGCAGCGCCAUGGCCAGCGAAGGUCGCGAGGGCGAGCACCCGUCCGUGACACUCUUCCGCCAGUACCUGCGCAUCCGCACCGUCCAGCCCAAGCCCGACUACGGCGCUGCCGUGGCCUUCCUUGAGGAGAGAGCCCGCCAGCUGGGCCUGGGCUGUCAGAAAGUGGAGGUGGCACCUGGCCAUGUGGUGACCAUUCUGACGUGGCCAGGCACCAACCCCAGACUCUCCUCCAUCUUACUCAACUCCCACACUGAUGUGGUGCCUGUCUUCAAGGAGCACUGGAGUCACGACCCCUUUGAGGCCUUCAAGGAUGCUGAGGGUUACAUCUACGCCAGGGGUGCCCAGGACAUGAAGUGUGUCAGCAUCCAGUACCUGGAGGCUGUGAGGAGGCUGAAGGCUGAGGGCCACCAUUUCCCCAGAACCAUCCACAUGACCUUUGUGCCAGAUGAGGAGGUUGGAGGUCACCAAGGCAUGGAGCUGUUUGUGCAGCGGCCCGAGUUCCAGGCCCUGAGGGCUGGCUUCGCCCUGGAUGAAGGCCUGGCCAACCCCACCGAUGCCUUCACUGUCUUUUACAGUGAGCGGAGCCCCUGGUGGGUGCGGAUCUCGAGCACCGGGAAGCCAGGCCACAGCUCAUGCUUCAUCGAGGACACAGCAGCGGAGAAGCUGCACAAGGUCGUGAGCUCAAUCCUGGCUUUCCGGGAGAAGGAGAGGCAGAGGCUGCAGUCAAACCCCCAACUGAAGGCAGGGGCUGUGACCUCCGUGAACCUGACCAAGCUAGAGGGCGGCGUGGCCUAUAACGUGGUACCUGCUACUCUGAGCGCCAGCUUUGACUUCCGUGUGGCACCGGAUGUGGACCUGAAGGCUUUCGAGGAGCAGCUGCAGGGCUGGUGCCGGGCAGCUGGUGAGGGGGUCACCUUCGAGUUUGCUCAGAAGUGGACGGAGUCCCGAAUGACAUCUAUUGAUGACUCAGACCCCUGGUGGGCGGCAUUUAGCGGGGCCUGCAAGGACAUGCACCUCACGCUAGAGCCAGAGAUCUUCCCUGCUGCCACGGAUAGCCGCUACCUCCGUGUGGCGGGGGUCCCCGCGCUGGGCUUCUCACCCAUGAACCGCACACAUGUGCGGCUGCACGACCACGAUGAGCGGUUGCAUGAGGCCGUGUUCCUCCGUGGGGUUGACAUAUACACGCGGCUGCUGCCUGCCCUGGCCAGCGUGCCUGCCCUGCCCAGUGACGGCUGAGUCCCAGCAGCGUCCAUCGGACCAGUGUCAAGGACCCCUCUGCCCCCCGCCCAACAAUAAAGUCUAUGUGUGGACAGAGGCCAGUUCUGAAGUACUAA